AUGGCAAAACAAAUUACCUUCGAGGUGGUAAUGUCGAGCGGCAAACGGGCCAACAUCAACGCCCCGCCCCACACGACCCUCGGCGAGUUGUCGCAGACCAUCGCAAAGAAGCUGGGCUUCGAAGCUUAUGAUGCAAGGCCCACCUUCCGUUUCUUAUUAAGCACCCGCCAACUUGAGGAGACCAUUGAAGCAGGUGACCUGCGCAACGGGACCGUCACCGUUGUCGUUGUGUCGCUCGACUGGUCCGUGCUGCCGGAGCUGCUUCGGACGAUUUUUGCCGAGAUCGAAUCGUUGGCUGCUCGGGCCCUGGUCGCCAACCUCUCCCGGGCAGUGCAGCACCUCCGAGCUGCUCAGAAGAUCAAGCGGCUGGUAGAGGAGGUGCUGCGUCUGCUUGGGGCCUACCUUGAGCGAGACCCGGACUCUGCCCGCGUGGAUGACCCAGAGGCGCUCGACAAGGUCUUGCAGCAGGCAAGAGAAGUGCUACAACUUGAUCGGCCUGGCGCUGCAGCAUGUCGGAGGGCGGCCUUCUCCGUCCGGGAGUUGGUGCAGAGGCUAAAGAGGUGGUACUACUACCACCAGGACCAAAAUCCCGACAUUCGAUGGCGAGCGAGUGGUCGCUCGCACAUCUCAGUGAAGAACGCUCCAUCAACGAACCUUGAUGAUGAGGAGCCGCAGGCUGACACAAAAGACUCCGGCCACAAAGAAGAUCGGCAGCAGCAGGGAGGUGGCAGCAACAUAGGCAGCGCCCCGACCGAGGCCGACAGCUUCACGCAGCCCACGAGCUCCUCCGAAGUGCCCGGCCAAGGCACUGCAACGGGGGAGUUGCUGGAGUCGGUGGCUGAGGAGCCGGUGGCUGAGGAGCAGGAAGGCUUCCGGGUGCGGCUAUGGCAGCUCAUGGAAGGUAAUUCCAGGAAAUCCUGCCCCCUCCACGGCGAGCUCGAGGAAACUUGGAAUUUUGUUUGGAUCUGCGAUUGCUGCCGUGAACCUAUUGGGCGAGGGCAAUCAUGCCGAUGCUGCAAUCUCGACUUCUGCGACGCCUGCAUCGAGAUGGCGGAAAGGUUGUCUCGAAGUGAUUUUGCACGCUUGUGGUUGUUGUCCAUCAUGAGCUUCAGUCUCCAGUGCCGCUCCAAAGGGCGGCCCGCAGAUGCCGAGGCCGCGCUUAAGGCUUGGGUGAAGCAGCUCAGGGAGCAACAUGCCGAGAGCCCUGAGCUGGCAAUCGCUCUGCGUGAGCUGGGCACGGUGCUCAAGGAGAAGGGCGAGCUGGUAGCCGCAGAGCAGAACAUCAAGAAGGCUUUGGGCAUGGUCUAUAGGGUCUUCGGAGAGUCUCCAAACCAUGAGGUGGCCGCGACUCUGCAUGAGCUGGGCCUAGUUCUCAAGAAGAAGGGCGACAUGCGAGAAGCAGAGCGGCUCCUCACGGAGGCUUUGGUCAUGAAGCGCGCCAUCUUCGGCAAGGCGCCAAACCGGUCAGUGGCUGUGACUCUGCACGAGCUGGCCCUGCUGUUCAAGGAGAAGGGCGAGCUGGUAGCCGCAGAGCAGCACCUCACGAAGGCUUUGGACAUGGAGCGCGCCGUCUUCGGAGAGGCUCCAAACCGGGAGGUGGCGCUGACUCUGCAUAGGCUGGGCCUAGUUUUCAAGAAGAUGGGCGAGUUGCGACAAGCAGAGCGGCUCCUCACGGAGGCUUUGGUCAUGAAGCGCGCCAUCUUCGGCAAGGCGCCAACGUGGGAGGUGGCUGCGACUCUGCAUGAUUUGGGCCUGGUGUUCAAGGAGAAGGGCGAGCUGCGAGAAGCAGAGAGGCUCGUCAUGGAGGCUUUGGACAUGGAGCACGAAUGCCCAGAGUUUGCAAAGCGUGAGAUGGCUGUGACUGUGCAUGAGCUGGCCCUGCUGUUCAAGGAGAAGGGCGAGCUGCCAGAAGCAAAGCAGCACAUCAGGGAGGCUUCAGACAUCGAGCGCGCCUUCUUUGGCGAGGCGCCAAACCGCUCACAUGAGCUGGGCUGGACGCUCACGGAGAAGGGCACGCUGCUAGCCGCAAAGCUCCAACUGAGCAAGGACCUUUGA